GCGCGCGGGCGCUGGAAACGGCCGCGGGGCCGCCUUCUCCUCAGUCGGGCGGCGGCGGGCGAGCGGGGCGGACCCCGCGGUUGGGCCUCCCGUCAUGAGUCUCUCCGGGGACGAGGAGCCCCGGCCCUCGGGCGCGGGGUGGUCUUCCCCCGCCGCCGGCCCCCCGCCCGGAGCCUGCCACGGCCGCGGCCGGCGACGGCCCCGGCCCUGCCCCGCCGCGCCCGCCCCCGGGGGCUGCCCGUCGACGUGGGGCCGCCCCGGCUGCCCCCACUGGGGACCUUGCGGGCCCUGGGCCGGCCCCGUGCGGGUGGAGGUGGUGUGGCUGGGCGGGCCGGGCCCGUCCUGCCCCUGCCGCUGCCCCUGCGGGGCCGAGAAGCUGGGCGGCGGGGGGCUGCCCAAGAGGAGGAGGAGGAAGUGGCGCUGGGCGGGGGGCGGCGGGGUCCGGCGGCGGGCCCCGGGCCUCAGCGCUCCGCGCAACACCACCCAGUUCAUCAUGAAUCAGGUCUACGAGGACAUGCGCAGACGGGAGCGGCUGCAGCGCCGGCGGCCCCGCACGCCCCCUGCCGGCCUCGAGGCCUAUCUGCACGGCGACCCGCCGCGGGACAGCGCCGCCCUGCCGGCCUUCCCCGGAACUCCCCGGCCCGCGGGGCCUCGCACGCCCCCUGCCGGCCUCGAGCCGUAUCCCCACCCUGCUGGCCUGGUGACGGAGAGCGCCGCCCUGCCGGCCUUCCCCGGAACUCCCCGGCCUCGCACGCCCCCUGCCGGCCUCGAGCCCUACCUGCAGUGCGCCGGCGGCCCGGCGCGGGAGAGCGCCGCCCUGCCGGCCUUCCCCGGAACUCCCCGGCCUCGCACGCCCCCUGCCGGCCUCGAGCCGUAUCCCCGCGGCGGCCCGGCGACGGAGAGCGCCGCCCUGCCGGCCUUCCCCGGAACUCCCCGCCGCCUCGCCGCCAGCCCCGCCCCGGCGGAGAAGAUGGUAACCGUCCCCGCGGGUGACGACCGGCAGCGGUCGCAGCAGCAGCAGCACGCCGGGGGCGACCCGGGGGACGAGGAGGAGAGCGGGGACGGAGAGGACGACGAGGACGACGAGGUGGAGGACGACGAGGUGGAGGACGACGAGGUGGAGGACGACGAGGUCGAGGACGACGAGGAGGAGGAGGAGGACGUGGAAGGAGAGGAGGGAAAGGAGGCGGUGAAGAGGGAAGCCGGCGGAGGCGACGACGGGGACUGGGCCGAGGAGGCCGAGGCGCGGCAGGGCGCCGACGUGGAAAGAGAAGAGGACGGUCAGCGAGGGAGGGGACGGCAGCGGCGUGGAGAAGAGGACCACAGGUUGCCCCGGAGCCCUCGCGCGGCCACGGAGAAGAAGGCCUGGAGGGAGGAGAUCUGCGCCCUCGGACCCCCGUCGCCCCAAUUCUACCGCAGACGGUGCGUGGGCGCCGGGAGAGUCGCCGUCUGAAAGACGGCGGAGAAGAUCUGCUGGAAUGGAUUUCUCUGCUUUGAAGAAAGUGUAAAAAAAAAAAGAAUCGGAGUGCUGUGAAUAAAUGAUAUACCUAGUACUCUCCAUCCCGGGCAGGGUAAAAUUAUGAAAACGA